AUGGCCAAUCUGAUCUGCCGGGCAAAACACGAAAUCUUUUUAGCAACAAACUACUGGCAAUCGAGCGUUGCCUCAACCUACCUAACAAACGCUAUAAGGGACCUCAACCGACGUCUUGCCUCCGAAGCCCACUUAUCCUCUGGGGUAGAGUCCCAGCCACAAAAGAAUAAGAUAGUUCUUAAAAUCCUCUACGAUCGCGGAACCCCCAAACAACUUCUCUCGCCCCACCAGAUCGUUUCUCCAGAUACCUACACCGACGCCUCCACCGUCGGUCUUCCCCAUCCAGACGAGAUCUCGUUUAUCGACAUGCAAGUGAUGAACUAUCACACGCCCAUCAUGGGCACGUUUCACGCCAAGUACAUGGUGGUGGACAGGCGCGUGGCAGUGUUGCAGAGCAAUAACAUCCAGGACAACGACAACCUGGAGAUGGCGACGCACUUGAAGGGUCCAGUGGUGGAUUCACUUUGGGAUAUGGCGAUGAUUAGUUGGUAUAAGCACUUGGAGCCUGGGAUGCCGUGUGUUAAUUCGCCGGCUAGUGAGGCGUGGGGAAGGGAGAAGGAAGUGGAAGAGACGGGAGUGGGCCAGAUUGAGAGGAAAGUGGAAGUUAAGAGGCUUGCUGUGACCGAGGAGCCACCCACCACUGGGAUGACUACUCAACCGACUGUCACUCCCAAGGUUCCCCGACACACAACCGAAGAGCCUCACUAUGACACUUCGAUAGCAGCCGAAGUCGCCCGUGUUCAAACCUCCUUGGCAUCUAAACGCGAUCCAGGCAGAAGAGUCAUCGAAACACACCUGCAAGCUGUCACUCGUCUCCUCAACCACACUCGCAACCCCAACUUCACGGCCGACCCGCUUGCCCCGGACCCGGUCACUGACCCAAACAAUAAAAUGACCCCUUACCUGUUCCUUCCUCAUCACCAAGCCUCCAUUCAAGGACAAUACCAACAACCCGAGGCAGUACCAAUGGCCCUAGUCAACCGCGCCCCUUACGGAUUGCCGAACCACUCCUCCGUCUCCAAUCCGCAAAAUGCCGCCUGGCUUUCUGCCCUCCGCAAUGCCACUCACUCCGUCUUCAUCCAGACCCCAACUCUGAACGCCGCUCCUUUGCUCCCCGCCAUUCUUGAUGCCUGCAACCGCGGCGUCCAAGUCACUUGCUAUGUAUGUCUGGGAUACAACGACGCAGGCGAACUGCUUCCUCACCAGAACGGUCACAACGAAAUGAUUGCACAUCAGCUAUACUCAUCGCUCUCGCCUGGGACGAGGCAGAAUCUGCAUUACUACUGGUACGUGGCCAAAGACCAGACGAAACCGCUGGUGCAGUCCAAGGGGUUGAGGAGCUGUCAUAUCAAGUUGAUGGUUGUGGAUGGGCACGUGGGCAUCAUGGGGAAUGGGAACCAGGAUACGCAGAGCUGGUUUCAUAGCCAGGAGAUUAAUGUGAUGAUUGAUAGUGAAGAGGUUUGUGGGACGUGGAUGAAGGGGAUUAUGAGGAAUCAGAACACGGCAAUAUACGGGGCGUUGGAUAAGGAGAAAGGGAUGUGGGUUGAUGCGGAGGGGAAAGAGGCGGAUGGGGUUAUUGGUGUUGAUCCGGGUGGGAGAGUAAAGAGGUGGGCUAAAGGGGCGGUGGGUGCGGUGAAGAGGGUUCAGGGGAUUGGAGGGUUUUAG